CCAAAACCGGAGAUUCAACAGUUUUUUCUUGAAGCUAAUUAAAAUGGAAGUAGGCAAGAGUGGAGAUGUUACAGAGGAAGUCGUCGAUAGAGACAGAGCCCAGGACGUUGCCUCUCGAUCAAAUAGAAAAUGCCCGAGAGGAGGCAUUGUGUGUGAUAAAGACAAAGACCUUCCAGGAAGCACUGGAUAUUUUCACAAAGGAGACGCAAGAGGGCUUAAGGGCUGGUGAGGAGAAAAGAGGAAGAUGUUUAGAUUUGAAGGAUUAUGAUGAUGAAGAUGAGAGAUUAAUCUUUCUUGAUCCUCGUGGUUGGGACAUUGCUUCAGAUCCUCAUUGUAAAAACACAACAGCAACGUAACAGCACGUACAUAUCCAUCCCCAUGUUCGAUGUCUUUAAAAAGGUGGAGAUGGAGUUAGUAACCACCGAAAUGUCUAGAGGAAGCAACAGUUGUGACAAUAAGAAAACCAAAGGUCAUCGGAAAGGUCUCUGGAAACCUUUCGAAGACGACAAGCUCAAGCAACUCGUGGAACAAUAUGGUCCCCAGAACUGGAACAUCAUUGGUGAACUUUUCUCUGGAAGAACAGGGCAAAGCUGUAGACAGAGAUGGUGCAAUCAACUUGCUCCAAACAUCAACAAGGGACCUUUCACUAAGGAGGAAGAAGAGAGGCUUCUCGAAGCUCAUCGGAUCCAUGGAAAUCGUUGGGCCUACAUAGCGAAGCUGUUCCCCGGGAGGACUGAUAACGCUCUCAAGAACCAUUACCAUGUCACCAUGAAGAGACGCAAACGUAUCGGCUUAUCUUCAACGCCCACUUCUCCGUUCAACCAAAUUCGGACCCCUAUCUUUCCUCUUCCUAGGCAAAGUGAUUACCUAUACCCAUUUCAGAGGUAUCAGAUGCACAACAGUCGCGGUCCCUGGCCUUACACUUCUGCUUCAGCGCCUAGGAGUGAUCAGUUUGGAUCUUCAUGGAUCUCGAAUGCACAACAAGAAACUGAUCUUUAUAGGAGAAAGUCGAACCAGAUGUUGGAUCAUCAGGCAGCUACACCAGAUCAUGAGAAGAACUCAUCAGGAGAAGAUGGAACAUCCAUGAUAGAUCAUGGUGAAAAGAGAGAUGUUCCUUUCUUUGAUUUUCUUGGAGUUGGAUUAGAUUCUUAGAUAUAAUAAUCACAACUCAGUGAUUGUAAGCGUAUCUAU